AUGACGGUUUCCGAGCGUGAAAUAUGCCUCACACCGACCAACGCGCUUGCUACUCCUCAGAAAUUCUACCCUACCAAGAUAUCCGUACCGCAUCAUCAGCUUCGACACUUCAUCAGCACGUCAGAGGGCAAUCUCAUCUACUACGUGACUGGUUACGAUGUCUUUGUCCUCGACCUCGAGACCCAUGAAAACUCCCUCCUAGCCACAGUUCCCUUCGAAGCAAGAUGUCUUGCAGCGGACCUUGGUUGGGUCUGUGUCGGCGGCGAGGUCAACGGAGACUGUGCAUUUAUCAAAGUGGAGAAGGACCAACAUGGGCAUCCGACCUGCUUCGGACAUGAAUUGAACGUCGACCUGUUAGGUGGAGAAAUAGUGAACUCGAUGAAUGUCUACAACAUGAUCAAUGAUGGCAAUGGGCCUGACGAACCCAUCGUGCUGAUUAGCAACAACGACAAGACCGUCAAGAUCUACUCACUUGCCCAACGGCAGAUCCUGACGACGUUAGUGCAUCCCGUACCCAUGAACUUCGCGGCCAUGUCGCCAGACUGUACAAUGAUUGCGGCAGUUGGAGAUUCGGACAAAGUGUACUUCUACAAGCGUCGCCUAGACGAAGACUUUGAUCUCAUCGACGGUUCAUCCAGCAAAUAUGCCAAGUACUACUGGCAAGUCCACGCCGAGCCAGUGGUACCUACGGGAGACCCUGUCUAUGAUGACUACAGCUUUGCCGUGGCGUUUUCGCCUUCGGGGCAUCUGUGUGCUGCUUCGUCGCAGGGUGGUUCCAUCAGCGUCUUCGACAUGCACCAGCUCGUCGAUUGCGACCAAGCUCCAGAGAAAUCCAUCCUGUGCACGUUCAGAUCCUCUCGACCAUCCCUGUGGGGUUGCGUAAGAGCAAUGGCCUUUUCUCCAGCCCCAUGGGAUAUUCUCGCCUGGGCUGAGGAUCAUGGAAGAAUAGGUUUAGCCGACGUGAGGAGAUAUUUUGUCAGACGGCAGACCCUGGAGCUGGAUCGGCAAAAGGUCGACACGGUGGAUUUAGACGAUGGAACACCUGUGGCAUACCGCAAUCUAGGAGUGAAGGAACGUCUGAAGCAACAACACCUUGCGCGACUUAGAGCGAUGCGAGCAUUGUCUCCGCGAGGUGGAGAUGAUGAAGUAGGCACUGAUGACCUGGCCACCGACACCAGCCGUCGAGCUGCCGGGCAAGAUCUUAUGAGCUACCAACAGGGCUUAGAUCUCGAUGCAGGAGAGAGAUCCGUGAUCGAAGCACUGGAGACAACGAUGGACAGCGUGUCCCACCUCACCACUCGCCCUUAUAGCAUAAACUAUACUUCUCCGCCGCGAACCAGGGACUCUAUACCAUCUGUCGAUCCUGUCAGAGAAUACGAAGUUCAAUGGUUGAGCCCAGGGGCACCACUUCCAUUUGCCCGUCAAACCCACCAGCCAAGAAGAAGGACAUCAGUCUUGAUGUCCGAGUCAACGUCAACCGAACGAAACACCAAUCAGGCUAGCUACCUUGAACCUGGUGAUGGCCAGAGAAGCAGAAUCUCAGCCUCUCCCGGUCGCAUUGAGGACGAAGGCGACACCGCCCGCGUUCCAGUCCACGAACUCGCUUCCGGGACUACCACUACAGGCAUCCCAGAUGCCCGGCGAGCAUCAAGCCGUAUCCCUAGAUCUGAUCCUUGGCAUGUUAUACAAACAGCCUUAGAAUCAGCACGGGAAUCGGAUAAUAGCAACCGGGUCAACCUUAUGUAUAUCGACACCGUGUUGGAAGCUGAAAGGCAACUUGGGGUCCAGAUCGAGCGUCUCUUGGCCGACGAACAACAUCUGUCCACACUUCUCCGAAGGCAGCUCGAGACUCAACAACGACUCAUCAAUGAAAAUCCAAGCCAGUUAGAUCACUUGAGAGCAGGCGCAAGGGAAUGGAGUGCUCGUGCUGAAGCCACUCUCGAGCGCGUCCUGCAACGACAGCUGGUGAAUGAACAACGCUUCGCACAGCAACGGUCUGUGGAGCUCCGGGCCGAGUUGAUGACCGGAACAGACUACUUGAGGAGGCUGGAAGAGGAGCGAGCACGGCUGUUGCGCAGAGAUGCCGCAGCAACAGCAUCCACAUCGAACUCAACCACCACAGGUGCAGACUCGACUUCCGCCCAAGAACCCGCUCAUCCUACUGGGAAUUCCCGCUUCGACACACUCUCUCACAUCUUAACCGACUAUAGAGAGUCCAGCCGACAGCGGCUCGCCCAUAUUGAGGACAUAGAAGGGCAAGUCCGUCGUGCCGAAACACGAGUGGCGCAGGCAACGUCAGACAUCGAAGCGCUAGAGACUGUCAUAUCUCUUCGAAGCACACGCGGCGGCGAAGUCGGUGGCAGGAGACGCAACGACGAUGAGGCUCGGCAGGAUGGGAUCUCAGCGGCUUCAAUUGGAGCAAACGGUCCAACCAUCAGACCUGGCGCGACCCAGUCAGAGAGUGCUCGCGCCACCACUCGUCGUCUUCCGGUGCCGACGAACCGGCCUCACCUAAUAUCUAUUGAUCGCCCGUCCGAAACUGCAGGCCGAGUUCCGGAAACGGACAGGCGGCUCGCACGCAUGGUGUGGCUGUCUGGGAUGUCUGGAAAUCGUACUCUUGAUGGAAACGGAAACUGGAUGCCCGGAGGUCUCCAUCGAGUCCUGGCAGGCGCAUCAUCUUUAGCGUCCUUGAACGGAGGCACGACUGCAGCGGGACCUUCAGCGGCAACAGCUACGGAUGCUCUUAUGGAAAUGGGACCUGGGACUGCCGGAAUUGGCUUCAGUCCUGAUGGUCAAUACCUGUGA